CGGCCGAAAUGUACUCGGGUGGAAAAGCGGUGAAGCUCGCGCUACUGCUAGCUUGCUUAUUAGCAGAUGUGGAGGCAGGCAUACUGCAUUCAAAAGAGACCGCAGUAAAAAGCUUACUUCCGAAUACUGAGAAUGACGGACCCCGCACACCAUAUCCAACAUUAUCUACGGCUGAUACACACCCCACACCUCCAUACAUAAACGUAACUGAUGAAACUACCGACGUCACCACGGACGGGCCGUUCAGCAGCACAACCCCACCACCAGAGAUUAGUGGAGGCGUCGUGGUGCGCGGUGACUGUGCAUUCGAUGUUAAUGGUGAUCUCAAUGAUCCAGCACCGAUCUUCACACCACCAAACCAACUGGAAUGGUUAGUGCCGAACCCUGCAGGUGUGGUCGAAUUAUCUAACGGCGCCUACAUCGAUAUGUACUGCGACACGUCUUUCAUAGCGCCGUUUAGCAAUCUUACUAAAGUCACAGCACAGUGUCUACAAAAGCAGUACUUCCUUGUCGAUGGUGUGAUUCAUCCAUUCUCCGAUUUUAGCUGCACCAGUUGGCCAGCAUACACGGCACGUCGCACUGGACGCCCCUGCAAUGGCGGCACAGAUCUCGUGGAAGUUGGUUUCGUGCUCGCCUCGGGUUUCCUACAAAUCAUGGAUGUUUGCCACGAUGAAGUGAACGAGGUAACCCGUUACGUUCACCACAAGCUUAAUCCCUCCAGUGCCGGCUAUCAGCAUGGCGUCACACGUCCUAGCUUCAUUACCGGUGACUUUUAUGCUGGCAAAAAUGUGAAUAAUCUCUACACGAAGGUACAACAAAAUAACACUAUCAGUAAAAUACUCGGCAUGGACGCAUCGCCUUUCUUCAAUGACACCAUCGAUGUGUAUUUGGCGCGUGGUCACAUGGCCGCCAAGGUGGACUUUAUUUUUGGCGCACCCCAAAAGGCGACAUUCCUCUUCGUGAAUGCGGCGCCGCAGUGGCAGAUGUUCAACGGCCGCAAUUGGGAACGUGUGGAGGACAGUGUGCGUCGGUACGCUAGCGAUCAGGCAUUGGAUUUAGACUGCUAUACCGGAAUUUGGGGUGUUUCCACGCUGCCAGAUGUUAAUGGCGUACAACGCGAGUUGUACCUGGCCUUUGACGAGAACAAUAACGGUCUGAUCCCAGUGCCAAAAAUAUAUUUCCGUGUUGUCAUCGAUCGUAAGUCGCGCAACGGCAUUGUUUUAAUAGGUGUCAAUAACCCGCAUGUGACUUUGGAGGAGAUCAAGAAAGACUAUGUGAUCUGCAAGGACGUGGGCAAACGUAUCAAGUGGGUUAGCUGGGAUAAGGAGAACCUCAUGAAUGGCUACUCGUACGCUUGCGCUGUUGACGAUUUCAUUAGUGUGGUAAAGGACUUACCUUUGGAGGACUUGUACACCAGCGGUCUAUUGGGUGUAGAAGAACUGACCAUCGAAAAUAUACCGUCUUAGAAGACACAGUUAGCUUUGUGGCCAAAAUGCUGAAUUCGGUUUAUUAAAAUGACCUUCUAAGGCAAUAAGUGUAACAGAGCUUUAUUAAAUAUUUUUGAAAUUCUAAGCAACGAACAGCAAA